GCGACCACAUUAUUUAUGAGUAUACGUAAACAGAUAUAUUGAUAAAAAAUUUGUGGGCAACUCGUUUGUCGCUUCGGUUCUGUCAGAUGAAAAAGAUGAGCGAUGCUAGUGUUAAUAAAUUAUAACUGUUUAUCGAUUAGGUUUUAGUUUUAGUCACCAGAAGAAAUCGCAGUGUUAAUGUUUAUGACACACAUAAAAAUGGAGCUUGAUAAAAUGACAACAAAGUGAGAUAGGGACAGGUAUUGAUUACAGGUUGAGGUUUGAAAUUCCUGAAAAACAAAGCCACACGAACUUGUAUUCUAUCUUUCCUAUUAGUGUAGGGUUUCUGGUGAGAUCUGGAGAUUAUCGGAGAGUGUCGCGACUAACAAUUAUAGAUUGUGUUAAAACAGAAAACAGUCAGCAGACGACUUCCAGAAAUUAAAACAAAAUGGACGAAUUACAGAGAAAUGAUGAAUUCUGUUCCAGACUUAAGCAGCUUUCUCCGGAUAUGCGGAAACUGUUUUUGGAAACGGUAUCGGAAUUAUAUGAGCAGGAAUCGGAACUUAUUAUAGAUAUCAUUGAAGACUGUCGGUUCGAAAUGCAACAAACUGCCUUAAGUUAUAAAGAUGAUUCAGAUCAGUUAAGAGCAGCUUCCCGAAUGUUUGAGCAAAGACGUCUCGAGGAGGGUCGCAGUAAAUCAAGAAACGGUACUAAAAAUUCAUACAAUGAUGAAAAUUCCGUCAGUAUACGUCAACAUCGACGGAAUAAAAGAAUGGCAAUAUCUGAUUCAGAGAGGAGUGCAAGUUCUAUGAGUGCUGGUACCUUGGCUGAUUAUUGUCGAUCUCCAUUACCCGGUAAAAAAUCUAUGAGAGACGGAACACAGAGUCUACCUAACACCCCUCCAUUAACUAAAACAUUGGAAGAGGAGACCAAAGCUAUUUUAAGAAACUUAGAUAAAGCUGAUGCACAAAGAGCUGAAGAAAGAGCUCGACAAGCCGAGAGACUGGAACAGAGACGUGAACAAAGGAGGUUAAGACAACAAGAACGAACUGCUAGAGCUAUGGAACUAUUAGAAGAAGCACUUAAAAUGGAUAAACUCAUGACAAAGGACAAACAAAGACAAGAAGCAAAACUGAGGGAAAAAUUAGAAGAACUGAAGAGAAGAAAGGGUUUAACACCUACCCCUUUACCACCCCCUGGUCAUUUAUUACCAGAAAUAGACAAUUAACCUGUAGAGUUUUAAACGUUUUCGGAAAUAUUUUGUUUACAACGAUCGUUGUACAAAUCAAGAUUGACUGUUUGAGAACACAAGUUGUGUGAAUGAGAUGGAUCAAUGUUUUGAAAGUUUGUAGACCGUGUAAAAUCAAUUAAAAACUGCUGUUUAAAUUCUUUAAAUCCGUUCAAUCUUAUUGUUGUUUAUAACACAUCGAGAGGCAGAAAAUAGUAGUGGUCUAAUUUUGUGUUGUUAGUUUGAAGGGAUGUGCCAAGAAUCUGGACAUAAUCCCGUUCGGGCGUUUGCCAACUUGCGUAGGACAUUUCCGGCAUAUACGGGCGAAACAGCAUCAAUGGUCCUUCUAGACACCUAUAAAAUGGAGGGGUUUUUUUCCAUAUUAUUCCGUUGUUUUCACAAUGUUCGGGUAUUUGUUUUUCUGCGAAGUUAGCAGUAAAAGUGGUGGCGAUAUUUUUACCGCCAAGAUUGUUGAAUAUAGGAAGAGCCUGCUCGCCAUAGUUCACCCCAUGUUUAAUUAUAUGCAUCAAAAUUGGUGUAUUCAGCAUUGUUUUUUUGCAUAUUUUCCGUUCUGGUCAAAAUGAGCUUCAUAAUUAUUUUAAUUUUUAUGAUAUCACUAUAUACCUACCCAUAAAUGGUCCGUUUUCUAUCAACUGCCUUAAACUUGAGUUACUUAAUAAUGUAUUAAAUAUUCCCGUGUUACAAAAAGCAACAUGGGCAUUUUCACUGCUUUUCAGAAACAUAUACUUUAUUUCAUCCCUCUAUCGAUUGAAAAUCCAGUCAGAUUUACUGCUGGGUGGUUCUCGGUAUUCCCAGUUGUAUCGUUCCGUUCUACUCCACUUACCGCGGGGUCCAUCCCCGGGGGGGGGGGGGGGCACAUAGUCAAAUUAUCCACUCAUGAUACUUCUUGUAUUUUUAUCGAUCAAUCGAGUGGGCGAAGGGAAGUAACUCGCAUUCGAUUGUAACUUUGAUUACUUUAGUGAAUUCGUAAAAACACCGUGGAUGGAGCCAGAGGUUACUAGAGUAGAACGGAGCGAUACCACUGCGGAUACCAAGAAUGACUGGGGGUGGUGGAGAAAAAUCAUUAUUUGUUUAACACUGGCAUUCCAAUUAGAUGCAUGCGCCCCUUAGUAUUUAAUUUUUCUCAUUUAGGUGGAAAAAAUAAGACUUUAAACUAAAGUUUAAGGCAGUUAACUGAAUACGGCCCGAGAUCAACAAAUAUAUUAUUUUUGCAAUAUAAUUAUUUUGACACAUUGUUAUGAGUAAUAUAGUUAACGCAUUCAACCAAGUGCCAUAAGUUAAAAUAAUUAUAAGGAAGUGUUAUAGUUGCCUGCCGUUAUUUUAUUGUCGAUAAUUUUUACAUGAUUCAUAUAGUGUAAUGUACAUGUAAAAUAAAGUCACACACAUUGUAUUUGUUGAAUGUAUAAUCUAGAGUUAACUAAAGAAUUUACAGCUCAACUUGCGAGAUAUGUAUUUGAAGAUAAAUUAUGUAGCUAAAUCUUCCUGUUGCAGGUCUUUUUUCUCGCUUCAAAUGUUCUAAAAAUUAUUAUAUAUUUAUUAUAUACAUUUAUUCACAUGGCAAGUCCAUAAUCGACUCUCUAUAGAUCAUCAGAUGAUUUGAAAUAUUGAAUGGAUUAGAACAUUGGCUCCAUUAAAUAGUUUAUCGUUAAAGAGGAAAAUCUAGAUUUCGUUUAUUAUCGUGGCAAUGUUACUUGACAAUCAAGACCAUUUACUUUUUGUUCUUUUUUUUUUUGUUUUUAUCUUUCAGCGACGAUCUCCCUUUAUUGACCAAUGUGUUACUGUUAGAUAUAAUGUUUCCAGGGUCUGAUCUAGAAUAUGAAUUUGUUAAUCGCAAAGUAAACGAUUAGUUUUUGGUGAGCUUAAUAUCUUCAAAAGAUGCAUAACGUCCACUUUGAGGUUAUUUGGGUAUAUAAUGGUGUAUAAAAACAGGCACGUAUUCAGUAAGGACCCAAAUCUGUCGCAAAUGUUGCUUUGAUACCUGUAAUGAAAUCUACAACGUUAAGUCUAAAACAAUGUGCCGUCGUCCUCGGGAAUUAACUACGGUUAACUAUAAUAUAUUAUGUUUUAUGAAAUGAUUUAGAAUCCAGGAUUGUUGUUGUGCGAAUCAAAACUCAUAGCGGGCCUUUAAAUUUUUAACUCCCUCCAAGAGUCGAAUUCGUGUAUAUAUGUAAUGUCAAUACUAAUUUGCAUAUAUGCCUAGUAGAACUAUCUGAACAAUUCAACUGUAAUAUAUCAAUCCACGUUUAUUUAUAGGCAUUAUACAUAAAAGGCACCUUAUAUCAUUGGGUUCAUUGAUUUGUGGAAAUUUGCUUUGUCAUAGAAUUUAUUAAAUUGUAAACCAAUUAUUAUUGCGUGAAUUAUCACUGGUAAUUAUACGUUAUGCAAUGUCUAUGUUUUAUGCAUCGGUGUAUUAGUUAAAAAUCACUUCAUAAAAACUUUAAUCUCAACAGGCCGAAUGAGAGAGUGCAGCCGGUACAUCGCUUCGAGGCACAAGUUUCCCUGUGGGGGACCCAUAAAUAUCUAUUUAAUAUUAUUUACGUCAGCAUGGCCGGUAUUCGUGCUUUAGAUCCCCAAAUCCUAUGCCCUGCUCUGACUAUGCAUGAGUAAAGUUAAAACCCAUAUGGUUUUUUUUUGCGUAGCCCUGCUAAGGUGUAAUAUGGGGGUGGGCAAUAUAUGUCUUGCUCUGACACAUAAAAAUUUUCUCGGUGGACCUGCCUUUAGCAGUAUGUAUCUUUCAUAAACUGUAGUUUGCUACAGUAUGAGAUGCAUGUUGUCGAAACGUAUUAUCUAGAUACCCUUGUUGAUAUUAUUUUCAAACCCUUCAAAAGAUUAUGAGUUUGGAAAUAACGGUGUCACUAAAAUAUGAAAAAUGCUAAACAACGCUAGCCCCUCAUUUAUAAUUGUAUUGUAUAAAAUAAUCAAAUUAUAAUAUAAUGUAGUCAAACCGCGCCUUGGUUUCUUAUAUCGUUGUGAAACACGUCAAUACUAUUUGGCAACAAAUGUUAAAAUUUUAAGCUAAACAUCUUUUAUUACAUAUUAUGGAAUUAGUUGUUUUGAGUGACUCGUAUUCUUGGAUGCUAUUCAAACAUUAAAAAGAUGUAUAAUUUCACUCGAGUUUAGACGGGUUAUCCUGAAUUUGUGUCAUCGGUUAUUACAUUUGACUGAUGUAAUUGUUAUUACAUGUAUGUAAUAGUACUUACUAACAUUAUAUUCACAGUGUCGAGAUAUGGCGACAUCCUUAGAUGACACAUACCGUUGUUAUCUUUACAUUAAGAUGAUUUAAACAUUUUUGACAUUUGUUAGAACUUUAGGAAAUUAUUCAGAAAU